GACCUUCUACGGCUGCCUGUAUGCCGGGUGUGUCCCCGUCACCGUUCGACCCCCACACCCGCAGAACCUGGCCCACCACCCUGCUACUGUCAAAAUGAUUGUGGAGGUCAGUAAGUCUGUGUGUAUCCUGACAACCCAAGCAAUAAUGAAGCUACUGAAAUCCAAAGAGGCUACCGCAGCUGUGGACAUUAAGAGCUGGCCCACAGUAAUGGACACGGAUGACCUCCCCAGGAAGAAGUGUCCCCAGACGUACAAGCCACCCACACCGGAGAUGUUAGCUUACCUGGACUUCAGUGUCUCCACAACUGGGAUCCUGGCAGGGGUCAAAAUGUCUCAUUCUGCCACCAGUGCCUUGUGUCGCUCCAUCAAGCUGCAGUGUGAGCUCUACCCUUCCCGGCAGAUCGCCAUCUGCCUGGACCCCUACUGCGGCCUGGGAUUGGCUCUCUGGUGCCUGUGCAGUGUUUACUCCGGCCACCAGUCGAUCCUCGUUCCUCCUCUGGAGUUGGAGAGUAACGCGUCUCUCUGGCUCGCCGCUGUCAGCCAGUACAAGGUCCGGGUCACCUUCUGCUCGUAUUCAGUCAUGGAGAUGUGCACCAAGGGUCUAGGUUCACAGACCGAAGCCCUACGGUUGCGAAAUGUGAAUCUGUCCUGUGUGCGAACGUGCAUGGUGGUGGCGGAGGAGAGGCCUCGUAUCACCCUCACCCAGUCCUUCUCCAAGAUCUUCAAAGACCUGGGGCUCUCACCUCGAGCCGUCAGCACCACCUUCGGCUGCAGAGUGAACGUAGCAAUCUGUCUGCAGGGAACAUCCGGACCAGAUCCCACCACUGUUUAUGUGGACAUGAGAGCUCUACGGCACGACAGGGUUCGCCUUGUUGAGAGAGGAUCCCCUCACAGUCUGCCCCUGAUGGAGUCUGGCAAGAUCCUUCCUGGAGUGAAAGUGAUCAUUGCCAACACAGAGACCAAAGGGCCUUUAGGAGACUCACAUCUAGGAGAGGUCUGGGUGAGCAGUCCUCACAACGCCACGGGCUACUACACGGUUUAUGGCGAGGAGGCGCUGCACGCUGACCACUUCAACACCAAGCUCAGCUUCGGAGACACCCAGACGGUCUGGGCAAGAACCGGUUAUCUGGGCUUCCUGCGACGCACUGACCUCACUGAUGCUAGUGGAGAGCGGCAUGACGCCCUCUAUGUGGUGGGCUCUCUUGACGAGACUCUGGAGCUGCGGGGAAUGAGGUAUCACCCCAUCGACAUUGAGACCUCUGUUAUCCGUGCGCACAAGAGCAUAGCUGAAUGUGCGGUGUUCACAUGGACCAACCUCCUGGUCGUAGUGGUGGAGCUGGAGGGCUCCGAGCAGGAGGCCCUGGACCUGGUGGCGUUGGUGACCAACGUCGUCCUGGAGGAGCACUACCUCAUCGUGGGAGUAGUGGUGGUGGUGGACCCCGGCGUCAUCCCCAUAAACUCCAGAGGGGAGAAGCAGCGGAUGCACCUCAGAGACGGAUUCCUGGCCGACCAGCUGGACCCCAUUUAUGUGGCGUACAACAUGUGAGGGGUCCGUCUACAGGAAGCCCCCUCCCUCCUCCUGUGUUUUUUAUUUCUUCCCUCUCACGGAGCAGCGGGACAGAAAUGGCUUGUGUGAGCUUGGCCUUGAUUGAAAGACCCUUGCUCUUCAGAACACAUGGCAUAAGACUGAAACGUUGAUACAACAAUUACAAAAAAAAAAAAAAAAA